AUGAUACGUUAUUUAAAUGAAUAUUACUUUGAAAAUAAAGAUAAUGGUUUAGAACAAACGAUUAUUUUUAAUACAACAAAAAAUGAUUUAUUUAAGAUUAAUGAUAAUCUUAAAAUUUUACAUCGUAAAUUGAAAUCCAUUUAUAAAGUCAAUAUAAAUCGAGAACUUAUUACUGAGGAUAACGAAAUUUUCAAAAAUGAUAUUUCAUUAUUAAUUUUACCGGGUCCACGGCUUAUGUUUGGUGAGCAAGAAAUUGAAUAUAUACAAAAAUUUAUUGAGUCUGGUAAAAGUGUAUUAAUACUACUCUCGGAAGGAGGUGAAACUAAUUUAAACACAAAUAUUAAUCAAUUAAUCGAACAAUUUGGAAUUAUGGUUAAUAAUGAUUGUGUUAUUCGAACUCAAUAUUGCAAAUACUUCCUACCAAAGGAAUGUUACUUAAAUGAUUGUUCAAGUAAUUCAGUGUUUGGAUAUACAGGAGAUGAUUGUAGUAAUUGGUGUUAUGUUUAUCCAUUUGGGGCAACAUUAACUGUUACAAAACCAGCAAUCACUGCCUUAACCAGCGGAAAUGGAAGCUUUCCAGCAAAUAGACCCCUAUGUGGUGUUUAUUUCAAUAGAAACACAAAUGGUCGUUUGGUAGUUCAUGGUUCUGGCCACAUGUUCACAGACAAAUAUCUUGAACAAGAACAAAACGAUAAAUUUUGUGAAAAAUUAUUUCAAUUUUUAACUGAUGACCCAAACAACAUUAACGAAAUGGAUGUAGACGAAUUUGAUAUAUGGGAUUAUCACAUGGUUCCAGAUAUUCCAUUAAUGUCAGAAAAACCACAGCUUUGUUUAGUGGAUUCUGCAAACACAGUUUCCAUAGAUUUUACUAAACUAUUUAAUACUCAGUUAUAUUCGUUGAGCACAGACUUCGUACCUGAAAUAAUAAAAAUUUAUGAAGAAACAAAUGUAAAACAUUCACCGUUAACUUUAAUUGUUCCACGUUUUGAAGAGGCUAGCCCACCAUUACAGUUAGCUGUGUUUCCGCCACUCUUUUGUGAAUUACCACCACCUCCACUUGAAUUAUUUGAUUUAGAAGAAGAGUUUAGUGCGGAAGAGACACAAUUAGCUCAAUUAACAAAUCGAUUUAUUUCAUCGGCAACAGAUAAAAAUGAAUCACGAGCUGAUUUAGAGCAAUAUAUUAUGGAAGCAACAGAUAUUUUAGGUGUUGGUCAACAAGAUUAUUCCCCAAUUCGUCAAGUAUAUGAGUGUGCACUGAUUGUAUCGAAUUUUAAAAUGUCCAAUACAAACGAUUUAAAUUUAACAAGAGAUGAACCAAUUUUACCGAAUUUAAAUUUAGAUACGAAAGAUACUGACGCAGAUUUAUUAAAUGAUACAAACGAAUGGAUUAACAAUAGCAACCAAGAUGAAAAUGAACCACAAGAUUCAGAUGUUGAUGACUCGUUUGGUAAUAAUUCUGAUUAA